UGCCAUCCCAUUCCGGCAGCAGCGCCGUGGGCUUGGACACGCGCUUCAGCGCCGACUGCGACCCGCCGGUCGACGACGUUACUGUCGACAAGGCUACCGACGAUGGCUUGCGCGGCAGGUCGCGCUCGGCGUACGGAAGCGCUGCCGAACAGCCCCUGGAACUGCGACGACUCUGGCACCUCGGUAACCAGAAUCCGCCGCCGCGACUCCGCCGACGUCCCCGACAGCAGCGACGCGCGUGACGACGCCCGCCCGCGCACCACCUCCUCGGCGCUCUCCACCGACCGCCCGCUCUCCGCCGACCGCCGCCGCUCGUGGCCCAGCCGCCCGGGCGCCUGCAGCCGGGUGAUGGCCGCCGUCAGCUGGUCCAGGUGCUCGUUCAGGUCGCCAUACGGUGUGCGGCCCGCUUCGCCCGAUGCUUGCGAUACGAUGCUGUGCUGGUCCGCCUCGCGUCGGCUCACCUGCCGCCGCUCCACUAUGCCCGCCAGCGCUGCCUCCAGCUCUGCCAGCCCCGACACCGGCGCCAGCAGCGCCUGCGGAACCCCUGCUGACGAGCGGGAAAGCUGCCGCAGCUCCUGCUGCGCUGCCGCCCGCGUCGCCGGCCCGCCGCCGCGCCCCAGCAGGCUGUAUGUGUCGUCGAAUGCCUGCCGCCGCACCGCCAUGCGCUCGCUGCCGCCCGGCACGCCCUUCUCCUCCAGCAGCCGCUGCAGCUGCCGCUGGUGCUGCAGCGAGUCCCACGUCGUGUUCGGCGAUGCCGUCGAUGUCGACUGGAUUGACGCCCGCGCCGAGAUGCUCAGCCCCGUCGGCGGAUAUAGGAAUGUGUUGCGUGGCGUUGCCAUGGCACUCAGCGAUGCUGUGUCCUGCGUGUCCCCGUGCUUGCUAAUGUUGUGCGUAUACGCUGCCUCAGUGUUGUGCAUGCUGGUCCCGCCACUCAUUGUGCUAACGGGUGGUGCCGACUAUGUGUGGGUUUCUACAGAGGUUGCUAUGGUAUUAGUAGGAAAUUGUCGAGCGAGAAACAGAAAAUAUGGAUGCACGCCGUGCAGCGGGUUUUUCCGUUCCUGCUAUUUGCUUUUAUUUUGGGGAGGGGUUUAGAAAGCCAGGAUCCAGAACAGAGGGAGACCUGCAUCGCUGCUGCAGCCGAGUGAUUUAUCGCAAACUGCCUGCUUCUGUCGCCCAUGCGACUCAGCAAUGCCAAUAACACGUAUAUAAACAGAACCC